GUAUUUUUUUGUGAGUAUGAGCAUAACUGGUUUUAAAAUGGUACAAGAGAAAAUGUCUGAGCACUUGAACUGUACAACCGAACUAUCUGUUCUUUAUUUGGCUUUAAUGCACUCUUCUAAUAAUGUAGCUGUUAAUAACAUCUAGCUUUGUAUGUAUAAGUUAAAUGAACUUAUUGUUAGUCACUUUGAACAAAACAUCCUCCAGUGUAGUGUAUGUGUCAUGAUUCUGUUAUUUUGCGUCUGUGGUUUCCUGUUGUAUUUUGAAGUUUAACCCCUGUGCAUCAUGUUUUGCAUCCCUUGCUUUACUUCCUGUUCUCUCGCUGUGCUCACCAGUCUGUUGUCUCUCCGGCCAAUCGGCCCCUCUCUUGUUUCUAGUGUUUUCCAUUUAUUUCCUUCACCUGUGUUGCUCCAUCUCUCUCCACCUGCACCUCAUCCCCCGUUAGUUGUAUGUAUAUAUAGUCUAUGUCUUUCCUCCUGUCAGUUCGUCCUGUGUUCCCCUAUGGUUCACCUGCGUGUUCUGCCUUAACCCAUUCCCAUGUCUUCCAGUGUCUUAUCUUACCUCAUGGAAGUACAGGAAGCAGUGUUUGCAGUAUGCCAUCUGUAUGGGUAUAUGUGAGAGAGAACACAGCGUGCCGCCAGUGCUGCAAGAUGAUGCCACUCUGUUGGUCUGUACUGUUGCUCUGUCUUUACACCAAUGCAGAGGACAUUGCAGUGUACAGGUGGGAAGGAGAAAGUGUCACCUUAAAGUGUUCGUCUGAAGGAUGUCCCCGAAGCGUUGAAGAGUCUAUCGGGAUGUAUCUGAAUCGACAAGAUUGUAAGGGAGAGGAAGAGGAAGAGGUGCUUUACUAUCACAGACGAAGAAUCAGCCCGCGACAAAGAUUCAGCGGCAGGGUUUUAACAACCGGAUCCCUGAUGAACCACACCAUCACCAUCAGCAGCCUGACCAUCGAGGACGCUGGUCUCUACCGCUGUGUCUACGUGAAUAAAAACUAUGAUCGAGUCAAAUGCAAUGGCUACACACUUGUUGUAAGAGAGGACAUUGCAGUGUACAGAUGGGAAGGAGAAAGUGUCACCUUAAAGUGUUCGUCUGAAGGACGUCCCAGCAAUGCUGAAGAGUAUAAUGGGUUGUAUCUGUAUCGACAAGAUUGUAAGGGAGAGGAAGAGGAAGAGGUGCUUCACCAUCACGGACGAAAUGGAAGAAUCAGCCCGCAACAAAGAUUCAGCGGCAGGGUUUUAACAACCGGAUCCCUGAUGAACCACACCAUCACCAUCAGCAACCUGACCAUCGAGGACGCUGGUCUCUACCGCUGUGUCUACGUGAAUAAAAACUAUGAUCGAGUCAAAUGCAAUGGCUACAGACUUGUUGUAAGAGAGGACAUUGCAGUGUACAGAUGGGAAGGAGAAAGUGUCACCAUAAAGUGUUCGUCUGAAGGACGUCCCAGCAAUGCUGAAGAGUAUAAUGGGUUGUAUCUGUAUCGACAACAAUUUCAGGAAGACAAAGAGGUGCUUUACUAUCACAGACAAAGUGACAAAAUCAGCCUGCAAAAAAGAUUCAACAGCAGGACUGAAACAACCGGAUCCCUGAUGAACCUCACCAUCACCAUCAGCAGCCUGACCAUGGAGGACGCUGGUUUCUACCGCUGUGUCUACGUGAGGGAAAAUGAUCAUAGAGACCAAUGCAAAGGCUACAUACUUAUUGUAAGAGGAAAGCCUUCUGUCCCUCCCAACCAAAGUCCAUCUCUGGCGUUAGUCGUCAUCGCCACGAGUGCCAUCAGUUCGCUGCUGACGGUGAUCUUCAUCCUGCUGAUCCAGAGGAUAAAACAAUGGACUUGGGCCAGAACAAUAACAACGCAGAGGGUCUCCAACAAUAAUGUGUACGAGGUGAUGACCAGGAACGCCCCCCGCCCUCCAGCAGCUCCAGAGUAGUCACCGCCAAGUCCGUAUAACGUUGCUUAGCUUUGUGGAUCAAAUAUUAUUCGGUGGGGGUUGGUUUACUUCUUCUGGUUUACUACUUGCUCGAUCAUAUUUUGAAGUGAUUUAAAAAACGUACAUGAGACUAAUUUAAAGCCAAUCACAUUGUUGGGAAACUGUCAGCCAAAUCAAUGUAUCCUCACUGUUGUUUGUAUUAAUUGUCAUGUUUGAACUUUGUUUUAACAUUUUUAUGGCUGUAUUUGAUGCAUGAAUAAAGUUCUUCAUGGUCUCAUACACUA